CUCACAUCUUCAUCCAGGAAGAUAGAAUACGCGGGUUAUGCCCUCGGGCGUGCGGCGGGGCAUCUGGACCUCAUGUCUAUUACAGCAUUUGAUCAUAACUCACCAAUCAUCAUUCUUGUUUUACAGCUUAUUGCCGUUUUAAAGUUAAUACCAUCUGUAGCUCAUAUAUAUACCGGUAUCGGUACGGGGAACUGCGUGAACAUCUGUGGUGCUCCCAAUGUAACACCUUGCAUAAGCAAAAUAAUAGUACACCACACAAUCAACUAAAGCAGCUGAGACACCAUUUGCAUUAGGAAGUAAUAGUGCAUGUAAGACUCGCAACUAGAUGUAUGCUCACAGAAAUCCAGGUUCUUUCCAAACUUAGACAGUAAAGGCAAG